GUUAACAAAUUGGAAUUUAUAUCAACUCUAACAAUCAUGGCGGACAUGCACGUGGAAUCAUCUAUUGCUAAUGUCGAUUUCGGCUCUGAUGAUGGUGAUUUAGAUGACAGCGACGUCGAAUCAGAUGGAGAUGAAGAGGAUGUUGUGGAAGAUGGAGCUUCAGAAAACAGUGAACUAUCGGACGAUGAAGUGUCAAGCAAUGGUGAAUCAUCAGGUGAUGAUGAAGCAUCAGGAAAUGAUGAAGCAUCAGGUGCUGACGAAGCGUCAGGAGAUGAUGAAGCGUCAGGAGAUGAUGAAGCAUCAGGUGCUGACGAAGCGUCAGAAGACGAUGGUCCAGGGAAGUCUAAUAAAGCUGGCUUGGCAAAUGCCAUGGCAAAAAUUUUAGGGAAACAAUUACCAAAACGCACCCAGGUUAUUAUGGCAAAAGGGACAAGUGAUAAAGAAAUAAAUCGUAAAAGAAGAGAGAAGGAAACUGAGGAAGAUGGUGAAGAGAAGAAAUCAAAACUCAGUGAUGAAUUAAAUGAAAGCUUAGCAAGCUUAGAAAAGAAACGCCUUUGGGAGGCAAUGGGCAGAACAAAACCAGACCCAUUAGAACGAGACAAAGAAAAGGCACUUCAACGUAUAGCUCAGAGGGGAGUGGUCCAGCUGUUUAAUGCAGUGCGUAAACAACAGAAGAUAUUGGAGGAGGAAAGUACUGGGCUAACUGAGGCAAAGAAGGCAAAGGUUAUUGGAAAUAUGACAAAGGGCAAGUUCCUGGAUAUACUGAAGGGGACAGAAAGUAAUACAGACACACAGACAGACAGGAAACCAGACACUCUAAAGAUCAAGGAGGAACCCGAAGAAAAAUGGAGUAUAUUACGUGAGGAUUUUAUGAUGGGUGCCAAAAUGAAGGACUGGGACCAACAAAGUAGUGACAGUGAUCAUGACUCCAACAAUCAUGAAUUUUCUGAUGAUUCGGAGGACGGUUAGAGUUAUGUGUGUGUGAUUUGGGGGAGUGGGGGAUCUUAUUUUAUAUAUAAAUUUGUUAACAAUGU